AUGGCGUUACGGUAUCCUGCCAACCUGUUGGCCCAUCAGCAUCAGUCGUUUAGUGACAUUUCCCAAUUUCCCUUAUCUCUUGCCGACCAGACCCAAUGGCCUUUAGGUUUGCUCGGUCUAGCUGAGGUCAGAGCACACCGUCUGUGUACCAAGAACCCCUUCCACCCCCUCCCCUCGAGUAUGUGUUGGCUUAGGCCUGCGCGUUUGACGCGCGUGUCAAAAAUGAAGUUGCACCGAACAUGGGGCUAUGGCUGUCAUGUCCCGAAUUGCCCAAUUGUCCAGUUUCACCUGACGUCUCCACGUCAAGUCUCCGCCCUCCCCGAAUUGGCUAGAAACCGCGCAUCCAUCCGACCAUCGACAGACAUUUUGGUAUCUACAGCAAUCCUCUUAUAA